AUGCAAGGAAGAGGAUAUCAAAACACAUCCAUAGAAUGGAACGAUACAGCAAAAUCUUCAGAAGGCACUGCCUAUAGCUUCUCGUUUGCUGUAUUUGCAGAUAGCUUCACAGCUUACAAUAUAAGCUUCAAGAACACUGCGCCAGAACCAGAUCCUGGUGAAGAUGAUGCACAAGCAGUAGCUCUAAGGAUUGAAGGAGACCAAGGUGCUUUCUAUGGAUGUGGAUUUUACGGGUCUCAAGACACCCUUCUAGAUGAUAAAGGAAGACAUUUCUUCAAAGAUUGUUUCAUCCAAGGGUCCAUAGAUUUCAUAUUUGGCAAUGGAAGAUCACUCUAUGAGGAUUGUACGAUCAAUUCGAUAGCAAAAGAGGAUACAUCAGGGAUUAGCGGAUCUAUCACGGCUCAUGCAAGGCAAUCACAAGAUGAGAAAACAGGAUUCUCUUUCAUAAACUGUAAGAUAGAUGGAAGUGGAAAAGUGUGGCUUGGACGAGCUUGGGGUGCCUAUGCCACAGUCGUGUUCUCGAACACUUACAUGUCCGGAAUCAUCACUCCACAAGGUUGGAAUGAUUGGGGUGACCCGGCCAGAGAAAAGACAGUGACUUUUGGAGAGCAUCACUGCUAUGGAGAAGGAUCCAAUUACAAAGAAAGAGUUUCAUAUGGGAAACAACUAACAGAUUCUGAAGCAUCUUCGUUCUUGGACAUUUCUUACAUAGAUGGAGAGCAAUGGCUAAAAGAAACUAACGUACUCGACCGAGCUUACAUCUGA